UAAUGUAGGACAGGGUUAUGACCAGGGAAACUCAUGUACAUUCAUGUAGGACAGGGAAAAAUAAGGUGUUUUUUAGUUUCAACUUUAGUGUUUCUGCCAUUCUUAUUUUCACUACUUCUCCUGUCUUUCUUGCCUAAUCUUUUCUACCCUCCUACCCUUUAUUCUGAGACUUUCCUUUCCUAGUAUGUGAAACUGACCCCUUUUCUUUCCUGUCAUCAAGGAUACCCUUCCUGUCUACCUCUGAGUUCACAUAUCUUGUAUCCAUUCUAUCCACUUGGAGCCCAGGUUUGAGUACAGUCUUCCUUAUGGAUGGAAUGAUGAAUCUUUUGUUUGAGGGACACACACAGGUCAGGCUAUUCCUCAUUUUUUCCCCAUUGUCUUUAACAAGUUAAUCCACUCAUCCAUUCAUUAACUGAACGGCCACACAUUGAGCUAAUCUGUGGUUACAAACUUCGGUCUCUCCCCUUCUUCCUGCCUCCUCUAAACUUAAAGUCUAUUAACUGGUGAUUGUGGUUAGAAGUAUCAAUGAUUUUUUUUCCUGAAUAAAGAUGUCCCAGAAACCUGGAAGGACAGGUUGCCCAGGGAAGUGGUGGAUAUCCCCUCACUAGAAGUGUUCAAGGCCUGGAAAGAGAUUAAGCAACUUGACCAUAGUGGGAUGGUUGAACUGGAUGAAUGCCUUCCAACCAAGCCAUUCUGUGAUAAAAUUGUCUUCAAAGAAACCUACGUGCUAGCAGGAAAAACAAUAGAACCAUUUUCAUGUAUGUAUUCAUGCAUUCAGCUCUCAAGAAGCCCAAAGUUCUACAGGUUGUAUAUUCAAAACCCCAUCAGGAUGCCAGCACACCAUCAUGCAAUCCCCCCCAAGGCAGAGCUUUUUCAAGGCUUAAAUAUAUAUACAGACUGUCACUUUCAGACAGAAAGUGCCACUGUCCUGUGGCACGUGAUUAGAAAGAAAUUUCCAUAUCCAGUUGGUGAUGUGGAAAAUGUAAAAUAUGCUUUACAGCCUUAUUGCCAUCAGAUGCAAAUAUGCUCUGUCCUUACACUGACAGGUGCAAGAAAUUCUGCUUGAAAAUGUACAUGACUACAGUGUCUGAAUUACUUUGCAACAACUAAUAACCACAGCCAAAAAAAAAAUUCUGAAGUGUGGAUCAUAUAAUUUCAGACAAAAUAUGUCUUAUACCUAGAUAUCUCAGACCUCAGUCACAGAGGCAACAUCUGUGUGAAACAAAUCCACAUUCUUCCCAAAGAGAUAUACAAAUUUUGGAAUUAAUAGAAGUUUUAACAACUUCUCCGUAACAGCUCAACUUUACUGAAUGACUUAACAAACUCAAAACCCGGUGUCCACUAGAGCAGUAUGCUACUCAGGAGUAUACUUUUCCAACAGUAUCCAGAAUCCAACAAUAAUGCAUAUUAGAUUCAACAUAUAAUGUUACUAUGGUAUGUCAUGCCUCCAGAGAAGAAAUGUCACCGCCACACUAGAUCUUCCAAGGCAGCUUUCUCAGCAUCACAGCACCAUUGAAACAUGUACUAAGUCAAAGAGCCAUGCUCCUCAUUUAGAAAGAGAAGUGUUUCUCAGGUUUCCUUUCCUGAAACAUCCUGUGCACUCUUGAAAUGAAGUUGUGAUCCCUCUACUUUUCAGGAUGUGUCCUGAUUAGUUUACAACCUCUGGUAAAAUUGUCCAUACACACACAUUCAAAGUAUUUCUAGGUAGCAUGUAUGGGACAAUCCAUGUAUUGUGGCAAUAUCAAUGUAAUGUUUUGCCAAAUUAUGUGGUAAAAUUCCAUUUAAUCAAGAGGCGAUGAGAGUACCUGUUUAAAAGAUACAGAUACAUGAAAACACAUUAACUCAAACCACAUCCUCCCAGCAUAUUAACCAAAGGCUUUUUUUGUCUUCUCAAGCAUAAUUUUAAAAGUGAAUACUUCAGCUAAGUUAUUAUUGCUUGCUUUAAUUUUAACUACAUUGUGUUCAAAAUUAUCAUAACCAUUUUAUAAUAAAAAAGGCCAAUAAAUUCCUUGCCCAGGUAAAUUUUAAAACUUAGUGUUCAUAGAGAAAAGAGAAGUAAAAUUUACUUCAUUACAUAUAGCUUGGGAUCUGUUGAAUGUGGUAAUUAUGAAGGUGGGAGAGUUCAGGUACAGUUAAGGCAGAUUAAAAAAAUGGAUAUUGUCAUGAACAAAUUUGUCCAGAUAGUUUACAAAGACAUCUUCACUGUAAGAUCUCAGUUGUGGCUAACAAAAGAUUCUUGUCACUUUCAUUAAGUCAAAUGUCAAUCAAUUUAUGCAAUUUAUGUUAAGGUGAAGGGAAAUUACACACUACAAGGAAAGAAAGGUCAGCGGGGACCUUUUUGUCAGUAUGCAAGGACUUUUUUUGCUGUAUUUAUAGCUGUUCGGUAAAUAGAGAAACAUAUAGCUACCAGUAACCUGAAUGCUACAAAGAACUGGGAGUAAAUAACUGGUUUCAGCUAUGCAAGAAAUCUGUUGUGAUAGUAGAGUGUUAAAUUAUGCAAACACUACAAAAAUAGGGCGAAAUCAGGUUGAUAGGAGCUCUGAACAACUGAGCAGAUACCAAAUUAUCUUGAGACUCGUGAACCAAGAUAUCAUAUUCCCCUCAGAAACUUGCAACCUGGAGAGGCAAACAGUCCCGUCCUGGUGUUCUGCUUGUUUCAAGCACUUUGGAAGCUGACACCAAGCUGGUCCCCACUACCUCUCUCAGCUCACAGCUGCCACUUGAGAAGAUCUCAAAUCCCAAUGUCUCACUCUCCUACUCAGUUUUUAAUUUAAUUACUUCUCAGAGAAGUAAUCCAGAUUCCCAGUCCUCAAAGCAGAGAAAUCUCCCUCCCAAAUCUUCCCAUUAUGCCUCCUUAAAUAAGCAAAGACACACAGACUGGCCAUCUCCUGAGAAGCAAUGAACAAGUGCAAACAGGACCAGUAAUUAAUGAUUUUUUUUCCUAUGCCUCUUAGUGGGAAAGAGUCAGAUGUGUUCACCCCUUGAAUGGACACUAGGGUGCAGAUGAGAGAGCGAGAGAGAGAGAGAGCAAGAAUCAAGUCGGCACCUUGGCCUUUCCUCUUGGGAGGAGGAGCACUAGGAUCUGUAGCCUACACUAUCUAGCAAUAGGCAGAAGCCUGCGGGCCCCAAGGCAGCAGCAGGUUGAAACAGGCUAGUGGCAGGGAGAAUAUCAGACCAAAACAGGCUUGUUGGGUGGGCAGGAUAGUGAGGCUGCUGGAGAGAAAAGAAACAGCAAAUAGUUGAGAAGAGGCUGAGAGAGAUAGAGAAUCACAUAGUUCUGUUCAAAAAGAUUUCAGUGGAGCUCCAAGAGGCAAGAAAGGCAGCAAGCAGUCAAGCUGGGAAGAAGAGAUUGUCUCCGAACUUAGCAGAGUGUGUGGGCACAGAAGACUGAUAGCAACCAAGUAAACAGAAUUCACAACUGUGGUAGUUGCAGGAGCACAACCUGCCCGGUGACAAGCAUGAGCACUCUUCCACAGACCUGUGACCAGGAGCUGAGAACAGAUGCAAAGAAAGAACGAUGCCUUCAGGGGAAAAGCCUACUUCUGUGUGCACUUCUUCUCAGUACCAUCCUUGGCUUUACAUUGCUUAUCACCUACCUCGUGAUGACUUGUGCUCUAGGAUCCUGUGAUGCUGAGUCAGAUCUUGCUCUGUUGGAAAGACUUCUGAAUUCUAGGAAUGACACUGUAAACCCCUGUGAGAACUUCUACAAAUAUGCCUGUAGCAGAUGGGAAGGCAAACAGUCAAGCAGAGCCAGAGAAGAAUCAUUAAAUGUAUUUGAUGUGUUGCUGGAAGAAAACCUGUUGAUCCUGAAAAGGCUUUUAGAAAGUUCACAAUUUGGGGUAAGAGGCUCAGCCAAAGAGAAAGCAAUACAAUUUUAUCGUUCCUGCAUGGAUACUGAACGAAUAGAAUCCCAAGGAGCUCAGCCAUUGAAAGACCUCCUAAAUCAGGUUGGUGGAUGGCAUAACACAGGUGUGAGGGAAACAAAAGAUUUUAAUGAAACUCUUCAGAUUCUCAUGAGCAACUAUAGCACCUUUCCAUUUUUUAGAGUCCAUGUGGGACCUAGUCCUUUUGACCCCAAGACCAAUAUUAUUCAGAUCGACCAUCCUGAGUUUGAUAUUCCACUUGAGAGUGAAUUCAAAGAGAAAAAUUAUCUUGAGGUUCUCCGUGUGUAUCUUUCAUAUUUGAAGAAACUGGGAGUCCUACUUGGAUGGACAGAGGAUGGUCCUUCUGAUUCCUUUUCCCUGACCUUGUCCUUCAUCUCUAACCUCCAGCAAUUUGUCACUCCACUGCAGAAAAGACGACAGAGGGGGAUGCUGUUCUUUCGCACUACCAUUAGGGAGCUACAGGAAAAGGCACCUGCUAUUGACUGGCUGGCAUGUCUCAAUGCUGUCUUCUAUUCUAUGCCAAUGAACCUCUCUCAACCGAUUGCAGUGCAUGACAUGGAUUACUUAAGCAACAUGUCACAGCUCAUCGAGAAAUGGAUGAGGAAAGGUAACAAGGAAAGGGUCCUUCACAUUUAUAUGAUUGUUUGUCUGGUUGGGAAUCUCUCCCCAGCCCUGGACAGCCAAUUCCAAGAUGCACGCCUGGAGCUGUAUAAGAUCCUUUAUGGAAAAAUGGGAUCUAGAAUGAUCCCAGCUGAGCGAUGGAGGAAGUGCUUGACUGAUACCAGCUCUUUCUUUGAGGCAGUUCUGGGGAAGAUGUUUGUGCAAGAAAUUUUCCCUGAGCAGACCAAGAAAUUUGCUGAGCAGAUGUUCUCUGUGAUCCAAGAUGCCCUCUGUGACCGCCUUGAUCAGGUGGAAUGGAUGGAUGAACAGAGUCGCCAAAAUGCUAAAGCCUUGGUAUCCAAACUACAAGUGGAGAUUGGUUAUCCAGCUCACAUACUCCAGACUGACAAAGUGAACCUGGAAUACCAGAAUCUGGAGAUAAAUGAAGACACUUUUUUCCUCAAUGUGGUGGCUUGCUUGAAAGUACUGAGGGAAAAUUCCUACCUGAAGCUCCUUCAGCAUUACCCACAGAAAAACUGGCAUGUGCACCCCUGGAGUGUGCAUUCAUACUAUUCAAUAAGAGACCACAUAGUGGUCUUUCCGGCUGGAAUGUUCCGCAGUCCUUUUUUCCGCAUGGAGUUUCCCAGCGCUGUGAAUUUUGGAGCCAUCGGGGUCUUCAUGGCACAUGAAAUUCUUCACUCAUUCUAUGGUUAUGUGUUGCCUGAGGGCUGUCCUGAAUGUAAUAGGAGUGCACUACAAAGAUCUAUAGACUGCUUGGUUGAACAGUAUGAAAGCUACAGCUUGAAUAUCAAUGGCACCUUCACACUGUUGGAGAAUACAGCUGACACUGGAGGGCUUGCUGUCGCUUACCAGGCCUAUAAGAAUUGGUUGAAAAACCACAAAGAAGAGAAGGAUUUACCUAAGAUUGGACUUUCACAUGAUCAACUUUUCUACCUCAGUUUUGCUCAUGCAAUGUGUGGACACCAGGAUCCAGAGAAGCUCCACUCCUCCCUGAACACAGAUCCACACAGUCCCUUGCCACUUCGUGUCUCUGGGCCUGUCAGCAAUAGCCAGGACUUUUCCAAGAGCUUCCAGUGUCCCAGGGGAUCCCCAAUGAACCCAGACAUCAAAUGCCGCAUCUGGUAAUGCACAUGGAAGAGAAGGAAGAGAGAUGUGAUCGCAGAGAGAGGAAGGCCUGAUACAUGAAAUAUGACCAUAUUCUCAGGGCCUCUAUGGUGACAUGGUGCUCUUACUCACACCUUUGCCUUCCUUCUCUUGUUAUCUUUUCCUCAGCAUUUGAUGACAGGGAAAUUCUUAAACUGGUCUUGUAAGGAGAGGAUCUCCUCCAAGGCUCUCAGUGCUCGGUCGCAGAUGUGUGACAAGUCCCAGGGCAGCAAGGUGACUGGCCAGUUUCUAGUAGGCAGCAGCUUGUGAGGAGUUGUUACAUUGUUAGUCCCUCUGUUCCUAUCUGCUCCAGAAGCCUCACAGUCCUGUUGAAAGGGCAAAUCAAUAAACUGGAGCUGUAAGAUUUGUUCAUAUCUUAUGAUAGGUCUUGGGGAAUCCUGUGGGUGUCUGGGCAAACCAUACAUAACUUAAAGAGAGGAAAGAAUCCUAUUCUUUUCUUUUGCUAAUAAAUUGAGACACGUGCUAGGAAAGACUCGGUGGCUACAAUUUGUAGGUUGAAAGGUAAGUGACUUAAUAAUGAAGUUUACUGAAGGCCUUCUCUGUUCUGUUUUUGCUUCGUCAGCAAAACUCAGACAUAAGAGGAAAGAGGAAAGCUUCCCCAUGACAGGGAGGGUAACUGGGGAGCUGGGAACAGAUUAUCUUCUUUUUUCUGACAAGAUCCUCUUGUUUUUAGUGUCUAGGGUUGAAGAUAUGGUAGAGGGUGCAGUGUGGGAGAGUCACAAAGGUUUCUAGAAGGUUCUGAAGGUUGAACAACUAGAAUUCCAAGAGCUUCUGUGGAUCCUAAACCUGGUUCUCUCCCUAUAUUUGCAAAUAUUUACCAUCCAAGCAGAGGAGUAGAGCUGUUAUAGGACUGUACUUUCUACUUGAAAUUGAACUUUAGGUAUCAAUUUGCUUUACAGCAAAAGCAAGAGUUAGAAGCAACAUGAUGUGGGGUAGUGAAAAGGCCUAAAGUAGAUUCUUAAGAGCAAUGUAACAAUUCUAUCUAUUUCAGGUUCUCAUAAUUAGAAAAUUUAUACCAAUUUUCUAAAAUUUACUGACAUUAUUAACUAUACAAAAUACAUAUACCUUUUGCAUACUCUUCAAACUGUUCUUGUUUAUGGGAACAUUUUUAUUUUACUUAUUGUAUUAGCUGACUGGGGAUUGUUUGUGGAAUAGACAAUGGUAAAUGGAAACAUCCCUUAUCAAUGUAAGCAUUUUAAAAAUAACUGUGUUAAUCCUUUUCAAGUACUGACAAAUACAGUGAAA